AUGAGAUCGUCAGAGACUGUACCUGGGCUAAGAAGCGGAGCAAAGCUCAACAGAACUAGCCACACAUCGACAGCUAACCGGGGUUCGCUACCCGCUUAUGGUCCACCAAGACUUGAUAUUUUUCAAAAAACCAGGGGAGGAAUUCUUUGCCGAAAAUCCUUCGAUGUGUCGAUAGAGCAACGAAGCACAUUCGGGAAUCUGCUCCGCCUCUCAGCUCGCACCGCAAAGCACAGCCUUUCUGGUCCGGAGAUAGCACGCACCGCAGAGUCUGUUUACCCGCUCAUGUGUGAAAGAACAAGGGUUCGAUUCCUCCUCGUCGACUACGCGGCUCUGGGCAUUGCUCGACGCCUUUGCAAUGGCGGACAGACAUGGCAGGCUUCGGGAGCCCCGGUCGACUUCAUUCUAUGUAACCGCGCUGUUAAUUCGAGAGCCGUUGUGUCAGGGCUCAUAACUCGGCUCCAGCGGUGA